UCAUCUCAAAAACUAAUUCAAAGUUUUAGCAAUACACUCCUAGUCUUUUCACUCUUUCUUUGAUCUCAUUUUCGAAACCCUUUUAGCUAUCAUGGGUGUUCUAUCUUAUGAAUGUGAGUUUACUUCCUCUAUCCCUCCUGCUAGGCUUUUCAAGGCCUUUGUCCUUGAUGCAGACAACUUCUUUCCAAAGAUUGCUCCCAAUGCAGUUAAGUCUGUUGAAAUCAUUGAAGGAGAUGGAGGAGCUGGAUCCAUCAAGAAGAUCACCUUCGGCGAAGGCAGUCACUUCAACUAUUCAAAGCAAAAGAUUGAAACAGUUGACAAAGACAACUUCAUCUACACCUACAGUUUGAUCGAAGGUGAUGCUUUGACAGACAAACUCGAGAAAAUCUCUUAUGAGACCAAGUUUGUUGCAGCUGAUGGAGGAUCCAUCAUCAAGAACGUCAGCAAAUACCACACCAAAACCGACGACCACAACAUCACAGAAGACAAAAUUAAGGCUGGGAAAGAAAAGGCUGCUCAUCUCUUCAAGGCUGUCGAGAAGUACCUCCAGGAGAACCCUGAUGCCUACAACUGAAACCAGUUUUACCAAUGUUUUCUCCACAUAUUGUUCAUUGAAGUGCGGUUUGUUGCUGUUAUGCCCAUCUCUUCAAGGUUGUCGAGAAGUACCUCCAAGAGAAUCCUGAUGCCUACAACUAAACCGGUUUUAUUGUUCAUUUAAGUUAGUUUUCCUAUAGUUAUGCACAUCAAUAUCUGGCUUUCGUGCUUUUCUUCUUUUUUUUUUUUUUUCCUCAGAAUAUUUAAGUGUUUGAUAUUUCUUUCAUUGUAAUCAAAUAAAACAAUCUGUUGAAUGAACAUCAAAGAUAUUAUUUGCAAAUA